UAGAGGCUGGUUCACUGGCCCGGACUGGCGAGGGUGCUGGUCCCCCGAGCUGGAAAACCCAGGCUGUGAGCGAGUUGGUGAGCAGAAAUCCCCUCCUGUAGCCAUGAGUUGUUUCCAGACUUCAGAGAGCCAGUCUUGGAUUUAUCCCACUGUGAUCCUCUGCCUCUUUGGGUUUUUCUCCAUGAUGAGACCCUCAGAACCCUUCCUUAUGCCAUAUUUAUCUGGACCAGAUAAAAACCUGACCAGUGCAGAGCUCACAAAUGAGAUCUUCCCCGUGUGGACCUACUCUUACCUGGCUCUACUGCUCCCAGUCUUUAUCCUCACCGAUUAUGUCCGCUACAAGCCAGUCAUCAUCCUCCAGGGAAUUAGCUUCAUCAUUUGCUGGCUGCUGCUCUUGUUUGGCCAAGGAGUCAGGACUAUGCAGGUGCUGGAAUUCUUCUAUGGGAUGGUCACUUCCACCGAGGUGGCCUACUAUGCCUACAUUUACAGCGUGGUCAGCCCGGAGCACUACCAGAAAGUGAGCGGCUACUGCAGGAGUGUGACGCUGGUGGCCUACACGGCGGCCUCCGUGCUGGCCCAGCUCUUGGUUUCCCUGGCCGGCCUGUCCUACUUUUACCUCAACGUCAUAUCCUUGGCCUCUGUCUCUGUGGCCUUCCUCUUCUCACUUUUCCUACCCAUGCCUAAGAAGAGCAUGUUUUUUCAUGCAAAACCCAGUCAAGAAGUCCUUCCAGAGCCACCAGGAAUGGACGCUGUCUCAGAGGAACCUCAAAAGGAUCACAAACCAGUGGGAAAAGAAGUGUUCACUGAUUCAGGGGACCCAGAUGAUGGCCAGGGGACCAACUCAAAGCCAGGAAAUGUAGCUCUGAGAGUUUUUGUGCAGUGGUUACAAGAUUUGAAGCAGUGUUACUCCUCAAAGCAUCUUUUUUACUGGUCCCUAUGGUGGGCUUUUUCUACGGCAGGUUACAACCAGGUUUUGAACUAUGUUCAGAUCCUGUGGGAUUACAAAGCACCGUCGCGGAGUUCAGUAUAUAACGGAGCAGUAGAAGCUAUUGCAACCUUUGGAGGGGCCCUGGCUGCCUUUGCAGUGGGUUACAUGAAAGUCAACUGGGAUCUUCUGGGAGAGUUGGCUCUGGCCAUCUUCUCAGUUGUCAGUGCAGGCUCUCUGUUUCUCAUGCAUUACACGACCAACAUAUGGGUGUGCUACGCUGGCUAUUUGAUAUUCAAGACUGUCUAUAUGCUCCUUAUCACCAUAGCAGUGUUUCAGAUCGCCGUUAAUCUGAGUGUGGAACGCUAUGCCCUGGUGUUUGGAAUCAACACUUUCAUUGCCCUGGUGAUUCAGACCAUUAUAACUGUAAUCGUAGUAGAUCAGGGAGGACUGGGGCUUCCAAUCAGCAUUCAGUUUUUAGUUUAUGGAAGUUACUUUGCAGCCAUUGCUGGUAUUUUCCUAAUGAGAAGCAUAUACAUUAUCUACUCAGCCGUAUGCCGAAAGAGAGUGCAGAACUCUGCUAUUACAAGUCAGACUCCAUAUAGGCCACACCCAGAGCAACCAAAGAAUGUCUAAUGAGCAAAGCUCUAACCUCUGUCAACCACUGCAGCCUCUGAGAAAGGACUCUGCUGGUCAGUAUAUAUGUGAGUGUCAUAUAUUAACACCCUUCACAGGUCUAGAUUCCAACGAACAUUUUCAAAACCAGGGAAGUUCAGCCUUGGACUAGAUAUCUCUGUGCCCAACUGACCUGGAUUCAGCUGACCAGGGCUAUCAUCUCAAUUCAACAACCCGUGUUGGGGAACUCCAAUGAUUAGCCAUGACUGGAAAAUUCUGGUUUUGAUAGCUUACAAGGACAUGUACAUGGUAUGGAAACAAACCAUGAAAAAACCCCAGUUGUCCUUUGAUGUCCCCCAGCUGUGAACAGAAAUCCUAACUGAAGUGACCUUGUUCCUUUCUUACAUAUUGGUUUUGUUUUACCAAAAUAGGCAACACAAUGGACAUUUUUUGUCACAUGAACCAUUGUCCUUCUUCCAUUAAAUAUAUUUCUUUAAAACAUACAGUUCCCCUGAGAAAAUUGUAAGACUUGGUCCCAUUUGUAAGGACUCCUUUUCUCUCCUGAGAACACAGUAUUAUUCACAAGCUAUUAUUUGUUAAUAUCACCACUUAAUUUUUUCACGAUGACUUCUCACUUUGUGCUCUGCUGAGCUUUGUUGUUGAAACUCUUAUCUCAGGAGUAGCUUCAGACACUCCUGUGUGGCCACAGAGUGACAUUCAUGCCAAUAUCCAGUGGUCCUAGGAGAGGCAAUAAGCUUCUUCCUGUUAUGACUCCUGAAGACAGAAAUGGCAACUCACUCCAGUAUUCUUGCCUGUAGAAUCCCAUGGACAGAGGAGCCUGGCAGGCUACAGUCCAUGAGGUCACAAAGAUUCAGACACAGCUGAGUGACCAUCACUUAUCACUCACUAUCUUGACUCCAGAGAGGUGUUUAAAUACCAUGUCAGUGUGAUGUCUGCCUAAAACAGAAAAACCUAAGUAGACAUUUUAGGGAUUUCUAAAUAAGUAUUUAGAAAUAAGUAUUUGAAGAAAUAACAAGUAUUUGUAAAUAAGAAAAUCUAAUUUUUAGAUGGCAGAAAUUGUGCUAAAUAAA